AUGCAUCCCAGGACCGCUCAGACAUCCAAACCUGAUGUUGGACUGCUCCUGGCCAAGGGCAAGCUCGUCGGCUGCCUGACCACCGGACAGUCCAAGCGAUCUACCCUUGAUUCGUCCGAUAUCAACAACUUUCAUAAUCUGCUUCAGCUCGCCUUGAACGACACUACCCGCUGCUCCAAAGAGUCGCGCCGCAGGGUUGCUGCUUUCGGUGACUACCUGCUGAAGCUAUCUGAUUCUCUGCUGCCACCAGACAUCCACUCUGAUUUGGAAAAGUCUGUCCUUCUCCGCGCUCAAACUGCCUUUGGCGUGCUCCAUCUGAUAGAUGCCAUCUUCUUUCGCAUUCGUGAGAACCCAGCCCGACUACUCCGCAAGCCCCUCCAAACCUACUUGACUUUCGCCAAAGCCAUCGAGCCGACCGUCGUCCAGCUUGUUCAAUCUGCUGCUAUUAGCCGCGGCACCCACGCUCUUGCUCUUCACCAAGAUCUAGCCUAUCUUCUACAUCACUGGACUCAGGAACGCCUUUUCACUAAUCGCAUACGUCUGGGUCUCCGCAGUAUCGCCCGAAAAGCCUACACUAGCUGGCUGGAUUGGAUAGCAAGAACCCAUCCAUCACACUACGAAAAGCUGGUCACGAAGAUAUAUUUCGAGAACAUCGAAGAUGACAUUCCGGACACCCACGGCCUGCCAGGGGAUGCCUGGUUCGAUCUUCCCGUCGGAACCAUGGUUCACGCAACGAAGGCAACGAAACCCGGUCAUCCUGUGAAAACGGGACAAAUCAAGCCGCUCGGCAUGCCCGUCGGAUCAGUCGACCCUGACAUGAUGGAAACAGUCCUCGGGCACAUUGAGGAAUGCAAAGACAUCAGUGCGAUACCCAACACGUCUACAACAGCGGGUGAGGAUGAGUUCGUCCUCAAUGGUCUAGGUCUUCGGCUGAGCAGAGACCCGAUGAGCAACGAAGAUAGACCCAAGUACAAGGUGAUCGAAGGUUACUACGGCUUCAGCGUACCUUUCAUGAAGAUCUUCCAGAAUAUAGAGAAAAGUCCCUCUACUGGCCCAGAGCGCCCGCAGAAUUGGAUGCCUCCACCUCCUCCAGAGUUGGUUCAGCCUCCAGCUUUCCAUACAGGGGUUCCAUCAAACGUGCCACCACCGGGCAGAGAUGCACAACACAUGGUUGGGGUCAACUACAGACAGAACGACUAUGGUCGCGGAAACAAUGCA